GUCUACAACGGAUCUGUGCUCUUACCUUAAUCAAAGUUCAAUUUGCAAAUUUUACAACUCUAUUUUAUAUUUACAUUUUGUUUUAUUAUAAAUGUAAUAACAUAUUACUUUUUUAAAGAAUUAAAACCCUUUUGUUUUUUUAUUUGUAAAAUUAGUUUCCAAUUUAGUUGCAUUGUUUGAAAAUCUGAAAAUGUUUAAUAUUCUUAAUUUGUUUAAUAGAUAUAGACCCUGUAUAUCCAGGUCUUGUAAAUAUUCUAAUCAACCACGGCAAGUUACUUUUAUUGGUGAAGUGGACAAGUUUAAUGGUGUAAUCGUUGACUCUAACAAAGAAACAUGUCAGCAACAUGUCUUUGCUGAGAAGCUUCAUGAAUCACUCACGAAAUGGAAUGCAGAAAAAAAAAGAUGUAUAUGGUUCAGAAUAAACAUAAAGGAUUCAUACCAAGUACCCAUACUAGCAAAUAAAGGAUUUACUUUUCACCAUGCCAGAGAUGACUUUGUGAUGAUGUACAAAUGGUUGUCAGCGGAGUUUGUGCCAAAUCUGCCACCACCAGCUCACACAAAUUUAGGUGUGGGUGCAAUGGUUUUCAAUGAUAGAGACCAGAUUCUUGCAAUAUCAGAGAAUUAUUAUGAAUAUCCACACUGGAAACUUCCUGGCGGCUAUGUUGAAAGAGGUGAAGACAUAGCAGAGGCAGCCGUAAGAGAAGUAAAAGAAGAAACUGGAGUGGAUGCUGCUUUUAUAUCAUUGGUGACAUUCAGACAUACACACAACAUGAUGUAUGGCAAUUCUGAUAUUUAUGUGCUGUUAACAAUGAGAGCGCUCUCUGAAGAAAUAAUUCCUUCUUCAAGAGAAAUCAAAGAUUGCAAAUGGAUGUGCAUAUCAGAGUAUACUAGUCAUCCACAUGUCCAUGAAUUUAACAGAUUUUUUGUGAAAAAAGCUCUUCAGUAUAAAAAUAAAAAUUUAAAACUUGAUUUACAAAAAAAGACUGUUACAUGGCCAUCAGCUGUUAGAGAAAUGAGUUUUCUGUUAGUUGAAGAUUUUAAAUAAUAACUAGCUCAAUAUCCAUACAAAGACAUACUCUCCUAAUUAUAGUAGAAAAAUAAUUUAGUGAACCAAAUAAUACAACUUAUUAUGUAAA